CUCUUCCAACCCCCUCUCUUUCACCUCCUCCCCACCCCGCCUCCUGAUGCCCGUGGGCUCCUGAAGCGUGGAAGGGAAAAGACAGGCAGGCAGGCAGGCAAAGAGGCAUGGGGGAAGGGGACGAGCACCAAGCGACUGGAGCUUUUCGGCGGCUUCUUCCCCAGAGGAGCUGAGUCGGCUUCUCGCUUUGCCCUGUCUCUCAUUCUGGAUGCACGGAUAAAAGAAUAAAGUCUCUAUGCAACUCAGCUCCGCGCCUGGACUUUCUCAGGCGUAAGCCCUCUCCCCAACAUCUGGACCCUGUGUGGGAGAAAAUCAGAGACACCUGCUUAGAGAAGAAAGGGCUGCAUCUGAAGUCACCUGUGUGUAUAUCUGCCUGUGUGUGUGGGAGGGUGGUACCAGCUGCAGGUGAGAGCUUGGGUAGAUUCAUUUCACGGAGGCUUGUGAAUUGCUAUAUUUAUUACCACUAUUUUAAAUUUCUGAGUACCUGGUUUCUGUGUACCUGGCUGCCUCUCUCAGAAUUGUGUCUUCAGCAACAUCUCUACUUUUGAAGUUGCAGUAUUCAUCUGUACCACGAUCUUAAUCAGUAGUAUUUCUUGGGAAGAGAAGGGCAACUUGUAGUUAAUUUUGUAUCCACGUAUAAAAGACCUCCCUACCUUCCCCUGGAACUUCCGAAAAGGAACCAUGGCUGCAGGGGUGGCAGCAUGGCUGCCCUUUGCUCGGGCAGCAGCCAUAGGCUGGAUGCCUGUGGCCACAGGACCCAUGCCAGCACCCCCAAGGCAGGAGAGGAAGAGGACUCAAGAUGCUCUCAUUGUCCUGAAUGUGAGUGGCACUCAGUUCCAGACAUGGCAGGAUACCCUGGAGCGCUACCCAGACACACUGUUGGGCAGCUCGGAGAGGGACUUCUUCUACCAUCCUGAGACCCAGCAGUAUUUCUUUGACCGUGAUCCUGAUAUCUUCCGCCAUAUCCUGAACUUCUAUCGCACUGGCAAACUCCAUUAUCCAAGACAGGAGUGCAUCUCUGCCUAUGAUGAAGAAUUGGCCUUCUUUGGCCUCAUCCCAGAGAUUAUUGGUGACUGUUGUUAUGAGGAAUAUAAGGACCGUAGGCGGGAGAAUGCUGAAAGACUACAGGAUGAUGCUGAUAAUGAAAAUACAGGGGAAAGUGCUCUGCCUUCAAUGACUGCCCGGCAGAGGGUCUGGAGGGCCUUUGAGAACCCCCAUACUAGUACCAUGGCCCUGGUAUUCUACUAUGUUACUGGGUUCUUUAUUGCUGUCUCAGUCAUUGCCAAUGUUGUGGAGACAGUUCCAUGUGGCUCUAGUCCUGGUCACAUCAAGGAGCUGCCAUGUGGUGAGCGCUAUGCCGUAGCAUUCUUCUGCCUGGACACAGCCUGUGUGAUGAUAUUCACUGUUGAGUACCUGUUGCGCCUGGCUGCGGCCCCAAGCCGCUACCGUUUUGUUCGUAGUGUCAUGAGCAUUAUAGAUGUGGUGGCCAUCCUGCCUUACUACAUUGGGUUAGUGAUGACCGACAAUGAGGAUGUUAGCGGGGCCUUUGUCACAUUGAGGGUUUUUCGAGUCUUCCGGAUCUUUAAAUUUUCCCGCCACUCUCAGGGCCUUCGGAUCCUGGGCUACACACUCAAGAGUUGUGCUUCAGAAUUGGGGUUCCUGCUCUUCUCUCUCACCAUGGCUAUCAUCAUCUUUGCUACUGUCAUGUUCUAUGCAGAGAAGGGGUCUUCAGCCAGCAAAUUCACCAGUAUUCCUGCUGCUUUCUGGUAUACCAUUGUCACCAUGACAACACUAGGGUAUGGUGAUAUGGUACCAAAGACCAUUGCUGGAAAGAUUUUUGGUUCCAUCUGCUCCUUGAGUGGUGUCUUAGUCAUUGCUCUGCCUGUUCCUGUGAUUGUCUCCAACUUCAGUCGAAUCUACCACCAAAAUCAACGAGCUGAUAAACGGAGAGCACAAAAGAAAGCAAGGCUUGCAAGAAUUCGGGCAGCCAAGAGUGGAAGUGCUAAUGCUUACAUGCAGAGCAAACGAAAUGGAUUACUGAGUAACCAGCUCCAGUCCUCUGGAGAAGAUGAGCAGGCCUUUGUUAGCAAAUCUGGCUCUUGCUUUGAAACCCAGCACCACCACCUGCUUCACUGUCUGGAAAAAACUACGAAUCACGAGUUUGUGGAUGAACAGGUUUAUGAAGAGAGCUGCAUGGAAGUUUCAACAGUCAACCGGCCUUCAAGUCACAGCCCUUCUCUCUCAUCACAACAAGGAGUCACCAGCACUUGCUGCUCAAGACGACACAAAAAAACUUUCCGGAUCCCAAAUGCCAAUGUAUCAGGGAGCCGCCAAGGCAGUGUACAAGAACUCAGUACUAUCCAAAUCAGGUGUGUGGAGAGAACACCUUUAUCUAACAGCCGAUCCAGUUUAAAUGCCAAAAUGGAAGAGUGUGUUAAACUAAACUGUGAGCAACCUUACGUGACUACAGCAAUAAUAAGCAUACCGACACCUCCAGUUACGACCCCUGAAGGAGAUGACAGACCAGAAUCUCCAGAGUACUCAGGAGGAAACAUUGUCAGAGUAUCUGCUUUGUAAAACAAUUGGAAUAAGGACAGAGAGCAGUUGAGUCCUGACUGUGAAAGGGCUCUAAAGAGGAAGAUGCAAGAAACAUCCAGUCUUUUACAAAUUAAAUAGCAAAAUGGAAGACCCAGUUGGUAGCAAAACCAAACAUUGUUUCCAAACUUAAGGAUGUGCAUAAAGGGCCACCAAAUGGCAUUUCUGGGCAUAAAGUUGACCUAUUAUACAGCGGAAUAAUCUGUGAUCCUUUGACUUUACAAAUGAGCACAAUGAAAUGCCUCCCAUUGAUGCUUCUUAAGAUAAGAACUCUUUUUUUAAAAAAAUAAAAUGAAAUUUAAAAAACAACUUUGGACACCAUGUUCCAGUUGAAUGAAAAACACAUAUGGAAAACAUUUUGAUAACAUGUUUUUUCCUGUAAAAACAAACAAAUGUGAACAUUGGCAAGUGAAGUAUGUUAUGUUUUAAAAGAAAACCUCAUAUGACAGGUUUGUACUGACUGAAAGGAAUACCAUCAUAAUGCAUGCUGAAAUUCUUUGGAGCAGUGAUCUCAGUUUACUUAUGUUGUCUUCAGAUUAGGCAUGAUAAACUUUAACUGUAGAAAGGGGCAUUUCUGGGCACUUACAACAAACUGAUUGUUCCCAUUCCAUGGUAAACUCUACAAAUAAACUCCACUUAGCAGGGAAAUCUUUCUGGGUGAGAUGCUCAUCU